CUCCAGCUACUACUACUACUACUCCAGCUACUACUACUACUACUCCAGCUACUACUACUACCACCACUACUACUAGUGUUACCAAACCAACAACAAAACCACUGACUACAACUGCCUCAGCAACAAAACUCCCUACAAGCAUCACCAAAGCAACAAUAAAACCUAUAAGUACCACAGGACCUUCCACCGCUCCAACCACCCCAACUACUGCAGCUACUACUACUACUACUACUAAUACUCCAGCUACUACUACUACUACUACUACUACUCCAGCUACUACUACUACCACCACUACUACAAGUGUUACCAAACCAACAACAAAACCACUGACUACAACUGCCUCAACAACAAAACUUCCUACAACAAGCAUCACCAAAGCAACAAUCAAACCUUCCCGCGCCCCAACCACCACAACAACCACAACCACCCGUCCACAAACCAACAGCCCCAGCCCUGUAGUCUGCGGUCAGGUCCUGCUAGAUGCCGCUCCAUCUGCUGUGGCGGCGGUAGAAGGUGAGUGGCCCUGGAUGGCCAGCUUGCAGCAAAACGGAAAGCAUACCUGCGGAGGGACGCUGGUGUCAGAGGACACGGUUCUGACCAAUGCAGACUGCAUACGGUCAAGUAAUCCGUCUGAGUAUACUGUUGUGUUGGGUCGUCUGAGGCAGAAUGGGUCGAACCCUUUUGAGAAGUCUUUCAGUGUGUUAAAAAUCACUCUGACCAACCUAACAGAUUCCAACAUCGCAUUGCUUCAGCUGUCCACCAAACCCUUCCUGGACCGUUACAUCCAGCCCAUCUGCCUGGACAACGACAGAACCUACUCAGUGGGAACUACAUGCUGGGCUGUUGGCUGGAGCUCUGGGACAGGAGGAGAUGAGCAACUUCUUCAGGAAUUCAAGACCAGAGUUGUUGAUUGUGGGAAUUCAACAGAAACUGGCAGCAUAUGCACCGAACUGUUUACACGGAAACAGGGUGAAUCUGGCAGCCCACUAAUGUGUGAGCAGGAUGGAUCUUGGUUCCAGGUGGUCGUGCUAUCAUCUGUGGACAUAUCUACCAGACCAAAACGACAGCUGUCUGUGAUGAUCUUUGAAAGACUGAAUCGCUUCCAGGACUUCCUGACUCGGUCACUGGGAACCUUUUUGACUCCGUCUAUCAGACAGGACGCCGCCAACAACACAACUGCAGCAACAACCAUCAUGACAACAAGUGGAGGAACCCAAAAUCACUUCUCCUUGUUUUUUUGCCUCCUUAUCAUUGCUUUUUCGUUGCUCUUCUUAUAGAAACAUCCCGCUUUACCUUCUUUACAUGAUGUGACACAAAAAUGACUGUAAUUCAAAAUACGGAUGACCCAGCCAGAUGUUUUAUGGUGUCAGUCAACCUGAUUUUGCACCAGGUGUUCAGAGGUCCUGCAUUUAAUGUCUGGAUCUGCUUUUAAUGUGCCGCUGAAGCCGAUUGUUGAAGGAUCUUUAUCAAGGUUUCUGUCAUUUUUUGCUGAGUCAUGUUUAUUUACUGCCAUCUGCAGGAAUGUGGUUCCAAAUGCCGCAAACUGGAUCUUGGUGGCUAUUUAUGAAUGUUGAGACUUUAGGACUGCAGGAUAUUUUUUUAAGUGUAAGGCAUUUUGUUAGAAAUGCCAAUGAUGAACCUGUUUAUCCUGUAGCUCUCUGAGCUAAUCACAGCAUUAGGCAGUGGACCUUUGCACCUGAAACAACAAUGAACUUAAUGUUUACAAUGAAUGUUUGCACUGAAAUAGAAAUAAUGAUCAUAUUGCACUGUGUUUGAAUAUAUGAAAAUUUGUUUUGUGGUUUUACAGGAAAGAACCAAGUGCUGCUGUUCUAGUGCUAGAUUAAUGUGUGGGUUAUUAGCUAUCCCCUGAUUGGUUCAGUUUUUCCUCCUUUUGUUGCACAUUCACGAAAAGCUACACCUGUAUAUAGAAAUGUUUAAUCCAAGAAAUGUAUGAAUGUAUCAAUCCUAAAAAUGUAAGAAAUACACAAAAAAUGUGUUAUAUUCACUAAACAUUGUCCUGCGUGUUUCUCUUGUAAUGCCUAAACAGAAUCUGGACACCCCAUAAUUCAACAGACACAAGGAGUAAACGUUUAAAAGAGUUUAUUAAGAAAAAAAUGGUGUUGCUGGAACAGGAACUGACCAGAUACUGGGAUGACUGCAGGGAGAAGAUCAGGGUUAGUGGCUGAGAACAACUCAGUGAUGGGAACAGUGCACCGAAUGAAAGCCACUAACCGUCUCAGAUCCUGGGAGGUUGAACUGACCGUCUGGGUGAUUCAGAUCACUGACCGACUGAU